GUCAGGUCAUCAAAGCGACGUCGUAUUGACCGCUGGACUAGUCGGUUACAUACAAUACACACACUCUCGUUCUUUCUCUCUCUCUCUCAACAUUCUCUCCCUGGAUUCUGCGCUCUCUAGAGAGAGGAGGGAGUUUUCAGCCGAUCACUUGCUCUUCGCUCUUCUCCGACUUAUAAACACUGCACUACAGUGAUGUCGGGGAAAGCUCUCAGAGAUCUCAAUAUGCUACCUGGAUUGGAAAGGAAGAAUGAAAACUCCAGUAAAGGAAGUCUUACCAAGCCUUGUGUUGAGAACUCUAAUGAAAAUUCUGAAGAAUGGAAGAGGAAAAACUCUUCCUCUUUGGUUUCAACACCAAAUAAUGGUGAUGAAACCAUAAAACCUGAGGUAGAGAUAGCAAAUACAGAAGUAGAAUAUAUUGAAUCUGAGAACUUGAACGAUUUGGAUGAUGUGGAUAUGAGUCUAAAGACACUCCUAGAUGGACUAGAGUCUAAAGACUGGGUUUUGGUGUGUGAAGCACUCAACAAUGUACGUAGAUUAUCCAUGUUUCACAAGGAAGCAAUGCUCAAUAUGCUAGAGAAUGUGAUCCCACUUAUUGUGAAGUCCCUGAAGAAUCCAAGAAGCGCUGUUUGUAAAACUGCAAUUAUGACAUCUGCAGACAUCUUCAGUGCCUAUAGUGAUCAUAUAAUUGAUUCACUGGACCCUCUGCUUGUACAGCUCCUUCUCAAGUCUUCGCAGGAUAAAAGAUUUGUAUGUGAGGCAGCUGAGAGAGCUUUAAUAGCAAUGACAACUUGGAUUUCCCCUAUAACUUUGUUACCAAAGUUGCAACCCUAUCUCAAGAACAAGAAUCCUCGAAUACGAGCAAAGGCAUCAAUGUGCUUUUGUCGAAGUGUUCCAAGACUGGGAGUUGAAGGAGUAAAAGCAUAUGGGAUUGACAAAUUGAUCCAAAUAGCUGCGGCUCAGCUGAGCGACCAGCUUCCUGAGUCCAGGGAGGCUGCUCGGACCCUCCUUCUGGAGCUGCAAAAUGUAUAUGAAAAGUCUCACGAGCAUGCACCAAAUACAGUUUCUGAGCAACAGGAGAUGGGUUCCUGGGAGCACUUUUGUCAAUCAAAGCUCUCUCCUCUAAGUGCACAAGCUGUACUUCGUGUUACCAAUAUUGCUCGGGAAGGUCUUGUAUUGGGUUCCUGACAAGAGAUAUAUACGGCAUGCAUGAGCUUUAGUGUGUACUUGUCUAUUUUUUUACCAACAUAUAUGAGCUUCAGUGACUACCAUCUCCUUUUACCCUUUUAUCUUGCAUUGGAUUGAGCCAUUACAUUUUCCUUGUAAAUAAUGUGAAACAAUGAGAUGCUUGGAAGUGCGGUUGAAGCAUGUAGUUGAGCUGAAAAUCAUAUAAUAUUUUUUCUCAUAUGGUUUACUGGUAGUAACCAUUUUGCAAA